AUGUUAUCUGUUUUAUAUAGUUUACUUGAAGUCCUUAUUGUCCUAGUCCCCAUUUUACUUUCUGUGGCUUUCAUGACAAUUAUUGAGCGUAAAGUACUUGCCAGUAUGCAACGUAGAGUAGGCCCUAAUGUAGUAGGUUACUUUGGGAUUAUGCAACCGUUUCGUAAGAGGUCUGCAAGCGGCCUUGUCUUGUAA